AUGUCGCCAAUGUGGCUCGCCAACGCCUUCCAGUGGCCCGUGUGGGCGUCUUCCUGUUGUCUGGGACUCCUCAUGUGCCUUCUAUCCCUGCACAUUAUCGAAAAGUUGUUUGUGGUGCAGAGAUCCAGCCAGAAACUCAGCAAUGCCCAGCCCAAGACCACGAUGGUCAAUGUGACUUUUGCACACUUCCAGCAGCAGUAUCUUGUCGUCUACGGGCUCGUCAUGUUCGCCGAUUGGUUGCAAGGCACGCACAUGUAUAGUUUGUACCAGAGCUACGACGUGAAUGUGGGUGCGCUGUUCCUUACAGGAUUCCUGUCUUCGGUACUGUUUGGCAAUUUUGUUGGGCCACUGGUGGACAAGUAUGGACGACGUAAGGCGUGCUUGGUGUAUUGCGCUUUGGAGAUCGUUAUCAACAUUUUAGAGGAUGUACCGAUCAUGGCUGUGCUAUUGGUUGGGAGAGUGCUCGGUGGGAUUUCGACGUCGCUGCUUUUCUCGGCGUUCGAGAGCUGGAUGGUCACUGAGCAUCGACAACGCGGUUUUGCAGAUAGUCUGCUUGGAAAGACUUUCGCUCUUGGAUCAGAGAUUAACGGUGUUGUUGCAGUGAUCGCGGGACUUGUAGCUCAGCUUACUGCUGAUGCUUUUGGAGAUAUCGGGCCCUUUCGUGCUGCAGUUGUUGUGACUGCCAUUGCUACUUUGUUCGUAUUCUCUUGGUCUGAGAACUACGGAUCGCCAUCCGGAGAUGAUAGCAAGGAGGUUCAAAAGGCAGAACACUGCGGAGUAACAAGCAACUCCGGUUUGACACUGGAUUCGUAUGCCUUAGGCCUUUGUUAUUCGCUUUUUGAAGGAGCGAUUGUUCCUGUGGUAUCCCACACUGGAAGCUGUCUUGCCUAG